GUAGUCGUGUUCAAUAUGGCGAACAUGUUGAACGUAGUGGUUAUCGCAGAUGUUAUGCAGGAAAUUGCAAACGAUUACUUAUAUAAAUAGAAUGAAAAUCUUAUAACAUAUCAGCAAAAAGAAAAUGUACAAUGAACUACGGUGGAAAUAUUUCGGAUUGGCAUCAAUACAACUCGGUGCAGACAAAUUUAAGUGAAACAACAUCAACCGAUCAUAAUGUGAAUGCAAAUCGUUUAGCAUUUAUGUCUAGUGGUAGUCCAUCUUCAUUAAAUGCUCUUAAUACUGAUGGCUAUAAAAAAUACCAAAAUGAAGCCAACUUCAGUACAAGACAUUUUCCACCUAUGAACAAUGCUUCAAAUAGCUCAAAUAAUACUGAUAACUUUGCAAUGCCAUCAGUGGUACAAAUGCAAGGAUAUAUUGGACAAUAUGGUCCUGUGGUUAAUAGAAACUCUGUUAUGGAUAAUGUAAAAGCUCCGGUUGAUAUGAGAAAUGGAUCGAUGAAUACAUUUAAUGAUGAUUACAGAUACAGAAAUAGUCAUAUGGCGCUUCCUGGACAAAAUUCUCAUUUAAAUGGAUCCAAUAUGAAUAUAAAUGCACCUGUCACUUCUAUAGGGUCACGAACUAAUAAUAUGUGUGCAACAUCUUCUGUAAGACAAGGACCUUCAUCUUUCAUUCCUUGUAAAGCUCUGUGUUGCAAUCCAAAUACAAAUAUAGGUUAUCAACAAUGGGAUAAAUUUGGAACUUAUCAAUCUAAUACACCAUAUAGGGAAAAUAUGCGUUUACCUGGAUAUCAAGCAGAUAAUAGACAAUACGGUGAUCAUAAUUUUCGAAAAGAUAACUUUGAAAAUAAGGAAAUGUUAAGCUCUAUUAUUCCUAAUACGGAUCAUAGAAGAAACUUUCCAGAAUAUAAAUAUAAUAAGGAUUCUACGAUGUCUAGAGGUUGUUCAGGUCCAUCAGGAAUGAUACAAAAUUAUCCAAUUUCAAAUUACAAUUAUCCAGCAGAGUGUCAGAAAUAUUCUUAUCCUAUGAAAGAGUAUUCAAAGACAAAUAAUAUGGGUUUACAAGAUGCAACUGUUUUUAAACAUCCAGAACAAAAUUAUGUUACACAACAAAAAUACAAUGCUAAACAAGGUCAAUAUGCGACAGGUAAUGUUUUACCUAAACCUGUGCCCACUUUAAAUGACAGUGUAGAUAUUACACCUUCUACCCAGAAUUCUUAUUACGCUGCACAAUUUAUAAGAAACGUACCAACAGAAUUUCCACGUACUUGUCAAAAAGCUUUUGAUAAUUCACAACAAGUUGCUGCAAUGCAAUCUACACCUGUGCAUAGUACUUCAUCGCGAUACCACUCUUAUCAGCAAAAAAUUGCGAUGCAAAGAUUUUCUAUGGAAAAUCAUUUGAGAGAAUUUACAAGGAUACCUGGAUAUCAAUCACAUCCAAAAUACAAAGAAUCUGUUCUUAGAUAUAGAGAAAUAUUAAAAUUACAACAGUCACAUGGAUAUCCAGCAGCAGUUCAACAUCCUGUAAGAAUUGCAUCAACGCCCGUUGAUACUAUUCCAUCUAUAAAUUUGCAAUUUGAUCAGAAUGGAGUUUUAAUAAACCCUACUUAUUUAUCUGAUAAUUUUCCAAAAACUCAACAACAUACAUUGAAUGCAGAUUCAAAACAUUUAGAAAAACAUGGAAAAGAACAAGAUUUAUGUCCAUCUGAUUUAUCUAAUGAAAAUAAUCUACACCCUAAACAAUCAAUUAAUCAUUCUCCAAAAGAACAUUCAUCAUCUUUGUAUCAAAAUGAUUUUCAAAAUCAAGACCAGCUUUUAAUACAAAAAUGUAGCGAACAAACUGAGUUUAAAAUACAAGAAAGUACAGGAGAUGGCAUAAACUCAAGUAAUGCUGAUACUAUAACUGAACAAGAGAAAACAUCAAAAGAUUUUGCUGAUAAGCCAAACCUUGAUGUUCGACAAUUUUUAGCAAAUUGGGAUGCAUCAGAAGAUGAAGACGAUUCAAAUACAAAUUUGCCACAUGUUGUCUUAAGCGAUUCAACAUCAUUGGUAGUUGUAGAAUAUGAAAGCAUUGACAACGCUUCGAAAAUACCUCAUAAUGUGAAUGUAAAUAAAGAAAAUGUCACUUGUUCGAAAAAACAUGAUAAAGUGACACAAGAGUAUUCACAAUCUUUAGAUUCUCCUUCUCAGAGUACUGAGACAUUACAAAAUUUAACUGAAUAUAGAAAUAAAGAUAUUACAAAAUCUGGAAAUAUAAUACAUUGUAUAACCAACAGUACUGAUGACAUUCCAACGAUACAUAUAGUUGAUAAUGUACAAAUAAAUAAUAUUUUGGAGGUAUCUAAUGAUCAAAUUAUAGAAACCUUAGAACAUCAAAGUUCAAUACCAUUUUAUCAGGAAAAUGUAAAUUUAGAAGAAGAAAUAAGAAAAUGUGAUGAUAAUAAGAAAGACAAUUCUACAAAUAUAGAAGCUUUGAAUAAAGAUACAUAUACCACCGAUGAUACUUUGUCUGAGAAAGAUAGAAAGUCUUCAAUUCAGAAUACCAAUCAAGAGUUAAAUGCUUUGGAAACAGUAUCAAAAAAUAAUUUAAAUAGACAAACUACAAACUUGCAAAAGCAAAAUAGUUUCACAAGUGAAGAAUCACAUAACACAGAUGAUAUCAGUCUACCUGAUUUGCCUACAACUGAGUGUACUCCAAUAUCCACUACUCUAAACACACCUAUUCAUUCAGACAGUGAAGAACCAUCAGGACGUGAGUCUUCUAUAUCUUCCAAUCCUAUAGAGAUUAUACAAAAUAGUCCAAUAAUUAGCUUUACUCAUUCUCCCAUUAAAAUUGGAUCCUAUGAACAUUUAAAUGAUACUGUUAUUUCUAAAGAAAAUACUUUACUUCAAUUUAAUUUAGAAGAAGCAAAUCAAUCUAAUAACAAUAGUAUUAAUGCAUUUGAAAAUUCUAUAGCUUCGAACAAUUUUAACAAAACUGGUAAUUCAUCCAAAAGUGAAGUUAUUGAAGCAUGUAGAAGCAAUAAAUUGCAAACCAGUUCUAAUAAAAAUUCAAUUAUAAUGAAUACAACAAAAAUAGAUAAACAAUUUAAUGAAAAAUCUUCUGAUGUAUGUGAAUCUUCAACAAAUGAGUAUGAAUCAGAAAGUGUACCAAUUGACAUGCACAAAAAUUCUAUGCAAAACUCCAAGAAUACAAAAGUCGAAAAAAUCAAUAGUAAUAAAUUUCAGAGCAUUGAAGAUCCUUCGGAACCUAUAAAUUAUAAAAUAUCAACAACAGUGACUGAAACAUCUCAAUCUACAUUAAAAAACAAAUCAAGUGAAAAUAAAGAGCAGUAUAUGAUAAAUACUGUUCAAAAUAAUAAUAGAAGUCCUGAAAUGAAUGUUGAAACAAGGAAACAAUCAAAAUGCUUGUUUGCGACUAAAUUAAAACAGGACAUUCCUAAUGAUAAAAGUCCAAUAUCAUUGAUUUCAGGGGAGAAUGUAGAAGAAGGACACACACUAGUACGAUACAUGGAAAAAAAUACUUCAUCAAAUAUUAAAAAUAUUCUGUCCAUUCCAAAUAUAAACAUAUAUACAUCUAGAGCUGACAAAUUACAAAAUAUAAAUACUGUAUCAAUACAGAAAAAAUGUCUAGAUACGUUAACCAAUAAUAAAUUACAUUCUAAAAGUCCUCAAAAUGUUUGCGCAAGUAAAGAAAAAGAUAAAGAAGGUUUUUCCAAAGAUCUUCAAAACGAGUUUAAACAUCAAAAACUUGCAAAAGAUUCUGACGUACAUUCAUCUUCUAUGGAUAAUGCUAGCUUAACAAACUUAGAAAUGUUACCUGGCCAUGUAACACAUAAAAAAAGUUCUAUCUUAGAUACUAAAAACAAUACUAAACUGGAAAGUGAUACAAUAAAUAAAAAAGAAGAUAAUGAACAUAUUUUUGCAAAACAAGAAAAAUCUAUAUCUAUUUCUAAAAAGGUACAUGAUCAGUUACAGAAGAGUGACGAAAUCUGCAAAAUAAAUGCAAACGCUGAUUUUACAAAUGUUUCUCAGGGAGAUCAUAACCAAAGUAAAAUAUCAGAGAAAAAGAAAUCCCCAAAGAAUUUUAAUGUUGAUAAAGUUAACAUUAUCAAUAAUACACAAAAACACGAUUUUAAUGAAUACAUGGAAGAAAACAAUGACAUGAUAUAUCUUGAUAAAUGCAUUGAUAACAAUAAACAUAUAGGAAAUACUUAUUUUAAUAAAAGAUCUACAUCACGAUACACAGGCACUCAAUUUCAACAGUGUGAUUCUGCGAUAGAAGAUACCCAAGCAUUAGAGAAGAAUACAAAUUUAAAGAAUAAAGUAGAUUCAAGUCAACCAUCAUCUUCUACGACCACUAUUUGUUCUAUUACUUCCGAAAAAUCAGAACAAGAACAACUAUAUACUGUUUCUAAAAGUUUCACAACAAAAAAUGUAAAUUCUGAUUUUGAAAUUAAAGUUACAAAUGUUAAUUUAAAAUUUACGGAUAAUGAUAUAUGCAAAGAAUUAGUCACUUUGAGAGAUAAAAAAAAAGAAAAUUUAAAUAGUUGCUCUGAAGGAAUUAAAAUUGAAAUAAAUGUAUUGUGUGCAGAGCGUAAUGCCAAAGAAAAGUUAUUCCAACAAGAGUCUAUAAAUGUGGAUAGUGAAAUGAUUGAUCAAUCAAAUAAUUCUGUGUACGGUAGCAAGAGUACUUGUUUAUCAAAUAUAAAAGAAUAUGACAUAUAUGGAAAAUUAGAUACAGAAAAAGGAAGUUGUAAAAUUGAUGGAAUUAUAAAUCACAAUCGAUGUCAGAGUACAGAUAUUUGUUAUGAAAGUGUGAAAAAUAUAAUGAAGGAACAAGAAGAACCUCUUAGUUUAAUAGUUCGAAAUAAAACAGUACCAACAAAUAAAGAAGAUACACUACCUCAAGAAUAUUCAAAAAGAAAAGAAACAUUAUCAACGGAUAUAUUGAGUAAAUCAGAGAAUUCCAUGGGAGAUAAUAACUAUACAGAAAUUGAUCAAGAAAUUACAUCCGUUAAUACUUCCAAUGAAAGAAAGAAACAACAUACACCAUUGAAUUUAGUCGACAAACCUAAUGAUGCAAAAGAUGAAAGUCUAUGCUAUCCUAAAAUGAAUGAUUUACUUAAUAACAUUGACCAAGAAAAUGAACCUUCUAAUGUAAUCUACAGUUGUGCUACAUCUAACGUAAAUUGUAUGCAAAAUAAUGCUAAUACAGAACGGAUAUUAAAAAUGAAUAAUACGCAAAAAAAUAAAAUGAAAGAUCCAUCAUCUGUUUCAUAUAAAUAUAAAAAUAAAAAAGAUGAAGAAGACGAUAGUUCGUCCGAUAAGAAUGAUGAUAUGCCAAAUAUCGUAACAAUACAUGUUAAAACUGAUAACAUGAACAACGAAAAAUUUGCAGAACUUGAUUUUACAAAUUUCGACUUAUUUUCUAAUGAAAGUAACAAAAGUAAUGAUAAUGAGCCAGGAAAAUGGAGACGUUCUAUAACUCCUAUAGUAAAUCAGACAUUAGAAGAAUGUGAUUUAUAUGGAAGUACUAGUGGUUAUGUAAAUCCUAUUUUUACUAAUAUAGAAGAAUCAAAUAACAGAAAUGAAAUUCCUGUAUAUAGAACUAAAGAUGGAAAAAUAACUUAUAGUCCUAAUCCCAAAACUUUAUUCCUGGAAAAUAAAGAAAGAGCUUAUUGUACUGUAGAAGAAUAUUCACCACAUAAAUAUAACAAUCAUUUAAAAAUGAAUACUUCUGUUAAAAAGGAAAAAGAUAUAAAUAAUUAUAAAGAAAGGAAACCAUUGGAAUCUAAUGAUACAAAAAUCACUUGGAGUGAAUCAACUGAUAAAAGUUUUUCUGAAUAUUCUAAUAAGAAUGAGAAUAGUAAACAAAAUAUUCACUCUAUGAAACAUCAAGCACUAGAUUUAAAACAUUAUUACCCUAAAAUAGAAAAACAAUAUAAUAGUACAACUGAUAGUCAAGUAAAUAAAGAGUACAAUAAAGAUCUUUCUGACUUUAAAUGUGAGGAACAAAAACAACAUGGUAAUGAGGAUAAUUGUAGUACUCAUAAAGAUAAUUUUAAAAAUAAGUCUACAAAAGAAUUUGAAAGUCAUAAAAAAAAGUUAAAAGAUACCUUUGAUAGUAAUAUUCAUUCGGAAGAAAAGAAUAUGAGAAAAGCAGAGAUGUUAGGAGUAACUGAAGCAUAUACCAUGUAUCACAAUACAAGAAAUAAUAACUCUGUUAAAAAAAAUAGUCAUAAUGAUACAUUUUCUUUGCAUAAAUCUACUGAUAGCUUUGUAGAAAAACCCAGUUCAACAGAAAGCUGUGAUAUUAAAUUGAAAUACUGCGAUACAAUUAAGGAGUCAAUUGUGCCUUAUGCAAUAUGUGAUCAAUCAGUUACUGAAUGUUCUUUAAACCAAAGUAAUGAAUUAACAAGUGAGAAAUCAAAUUCUAUUAUAAAAUUAAAGAAGAAAAAGUUUAAGCCUAAUAUAAAUCAACUUAAAUCCUCGGAAUUGUGUUUAGAAGAAGAUCGUUUUAAAGGCAAAAGACAUUACACUAAUAAUCUUAUGAAACAUAAUUCAUUUUCUGAAGAUCUAGAAUAUUUUAAUGAAAAGAAGAUUGAUCCAAAUAUUAUUCAUUUAGAAUCAGAAAAUAUCUGCGCAAACGUUACAAAAAAAUCAGAAUCACCAAUUACUUCUGAGAUAUCCAAAUAUAAGAGACAUUAUGAGCAUUUCCAUGUGAAAUGUGAAAUAGGCUCUGAUGAAAGUAAUACAAAUUUUGAAGCAGAAUUUGAUAAUACAAGGAAUAUUUUGAGAUAUGCAAAAGAGAAUAUUUUAAUUUCUAAAAAAGAUGUUCUUCUCACAACAACAUUAGAUGUAGAAUGUUCGGAUUCCUUGAAACGAUUAAAUAGUACUAAACAAAAAGAAAAGAUAGAAUAUCAGGAUGAAAGCAAUGGUGAAAUAGAAAAUACGAAUUUUUCAUUACAGAACGAAGUAUCUAAAAGUAAUGAGGAUGAAAAUUUAAAUCAACAAAUUACAGAAGCUAAUAUUUUCUACACUGACAAUAAUAUUAUUUCUGAAAAGGGAUGGAGACGAUUACCUUCAAAUUGUUUAAAAAAUGAUGAAAUAGAAAUUAUGGCAAGUGAUAUAAUUAGUCCUAGUAAUUUCGAUAGUGAAGUGCAUAUAAUUCAUGGAGAAUCUAUGCAUUUAUCACAGAUGAAAAAAUCGAAAAUGCCUAAAAUUAUUUUGGAAACUGAUGAGUCUUCUUUUAACGAAAUAAGUAACAGUGAUUGUCAGAAUCAUAAUUUCAUAACAACAGACCAUAAAUAUGAUAUUCCUUUUUCUGGAGAAGAAGAAAUAAAAUCUGAACCAAUGUAUAUGGGCCAAAACAAAGAUGAAAUUAUUUUAUUAGAGUCUGUUAUUUGUAAUAAAAACAUUGAUGCCAUUGAAAAAAUAAAUAAAGAUAAAAGUACAAAGAAGAAAAAUAUUGAGAACUCUAUCUUUUCGUUAAAUUCCACUGAUAAUUCAGAAACCAAAAAUAUAAUAAAAGAUGAAGAUUUUCCACUAAAUAAUGUCAAUGAAAUAGACAUUGUUGAAGGAUCAUCAUUAAAACAAGAAAAUAUUAAUACUUCGAAGUAUCAAAAUUACAAUAUAUCAGAUAUAACAAAUAAAUCACAAGAGAGUCUAGAAACAAUUAAUUCAAUAGAAAAAGAAUUAAAAAGAAAACAAUUAAACGACAAUUUAUAUUGUAUUGAAAAUAAAAGUAAUAGUAAUUCAUAUUUGUCUUCAAAACAGUCAAGAAAUUGUGAUAUUGAAGCUUGUAAUAUCCCAGAAUUGGAGAAUAUAUCAAAAUUAAAUUUAGAAAAAAAUACAAAUGUAAUUAAUGAAAUUCCAACAAACGAUAUAAACAAUAAAGUAGAAGAAGAGCGUUCUUUAUCCCCUCCAGAUAUUACUACUACUGCAUAUAUUAAUGCAAACUAUUCUUCUACAUCAGAUUGCAAUGCAAAUAUACAAAUGAUUUCUAGAACUAUCAUUGAAGAAAAUGAAACAAACACAAAUUCAAAGCCUGAACUGUCUUCUCAACCUAAAAUACCUAAAAUGAUAAUCCGAAAUACUGGAUCCUGUUCUACAACAUCUGUUGCAAAAGAAAUAUUAGAAACAUCAUCAGAGUAUCCUUCUUUUGCACAUAGUAAAGUUAAACAUUCUACUUUUAUUAUUGAAAAUGAAAAAGAUAAAGAAAGAAGUGACAGUGAUUCUGAAAGUUCUUUACACAAAUAUGAUUUAAAUAAAAGUAGAGUACCUAAAAUGAAAAUAAAAUUUAAUGACAAAUCGUCGAAAAGGAAUAUUGAAGGUGACAAUAUGGAAAUUUCUUUUAAAAGAAAACAUAUGAAAAAAAUUGUUCCUAAAGUAAAAAUAAAGAAAAUAAGAACUGAAGCAACAACUAUGCAAAAUGAACGAACAGAAUCUUCAUUAUUAGUGAUGGAAGUUGAUACUUCGAACACUAAAAAUGAGACUAGUUCCAAUAAAAUGUCAAUAGUUAAUGAAGAAAAAAAACAAGAGAAAAUUCCUAAAUUAAAACUGAAGAAACCUCAAGAAAUCAUUUUACCUAUGGAAUCUAUUCGAAAAAAAACAAACGUAAAAACCGUUGAUAUAGCGGUGAAAAAAUAUAAAAGCGAUAAGAAUGAAAUAAAAUUUACUCAAAAACAUGAAGAUAUAAUUGAAUCAAUAUUGAAGCAAAACGAUAAUUCGUCUGUGUCUGAACGUGAAGUAAAAAAUAAAUUAUUACCCUGCAUUUCAGAAAAGGUUCCAAAGGUUAUAAUCAAACGUGCCUCUGCGAGUGCAGAAUUUAAAUGUGAAUUUAGUGAAGGUGGUAGUGAUACAAUAAUGAAUAGCUCUAAAUGGCAACCAGAAGUUAAAUUACAAAGAUCUCGACAUUUAGAUAACAUGGUAAAGGACCUAAAAUACUGCCGAAUAUCUAAAGCAUAUAUAACACGAAAAUGUAUAGAUAUUAUUUCUUCACACAGAUCAAGAAGAAUAUUUCGAGAUAAAAGACAUAAUAAAUUGAAUAAAUUAUAUAAAUCAAGUUCUGUAUCGGAUUUGUGUCCAAUGAAAUAUGAGGAAAGUAGAAAAUUAAAUUAUAAUUAUAGUAAUAACAAAUUAUCUGAUACAGAAGUUACACCUAUUCUUCAAGGAAUAGAAGAACAUAACCAAUUAUCUAUAAAAUCAAUUAGCAAGUACAAAUUUGAAAAAAAUCUAUGGAACAUAGAUGAUAAAUAUCUAGAAGAAUCUUGUGUUUCUGGUGAUAUUGUAGAUAAAUCUUUAUGUAAACAUUCAGACGAUACAGAUAAUAUGGACCAUUCGAUAAUAAAAACAGAUACUUCAAAUAUAACAAAUAACCCUAACUUAAAAAAUAAUGCUGAUAAUAGUGAUCUCAGUACUAUAAAUUUUAAUGCUAAUUCUACAAAUAAUGUAAGUAAAAUACCAUUAAUCACGCAAAACGACUUGAAUCAUUAUAAUGAUAAUGAAAAUAAUAAGUUUCUUAGAGAAAAUAAUGACUCUGAAUCAAAACCUUCGAAAUCUGAUAUUGCAACAGAUGAUUCUGCAGAUCAUGAUUGUUCAGUUAUAAAAUUGGAUUCCUCGGACGAAAGUCAAUCAACAAUAGAAAUUUUGCCAGCUUCUCCAGACAUAAAUCAAGUUGGAAUAGAAGAACCUAAUAACAGCCUUAGUAAUGAGGAAAGCGAACAAUUGUAUUCAGAAGAUGCUAUACCUACUCAAUUUGAAUUAGAAUUAGAAGUUACAGAUAGUAAUAUCGACUCUGUAGUAGCAUCUCCUCUAAGACAUGAGUUAAAUUCUGAACAUUUUAAUGAAACACAACUAAGAGCAUGGCAACUAAAUAAAAAACUACAAGAUUUCAAUGAUUUAAAAAAUUAUACAAAUGAAAAUGUUCCACUUGCUAAUAGUAAUCAACAAAGCUCUGAAGUUGCAGAAAAAAAUAAACUAUCUAGCAAAGAAAAUAUUUCAUUAUCAAUAUCAACUCUUACACAUGACAGUUUGGAGAAUCAUACAAUGGAAACGACAAUUGCAUCUCGUGAGAACCUUUGUUGUAAUGAUUUACUUAUGAAGGAAGUAUUGGCUGCUAAAGAAAUGCUGAAAAAAUGUUUAUCUAUGUCUAAAAAUGACACCACUUUAAAAAAUACAUCAAAAUUGAGAUCACUUAUAGAAAACAAUAAAGAUUCUUGUCUUACUUCCAGUAGUCAUACAAAAACAUUUCUUAAGACUGUUACUACCCAUCAUACAUAUGAAAUAGAUAAAAUAAAUCAGCAAGAAUCAGCGAAUGAAUCAAAUAUAAAAAAGAUAGGAAAAAAGAAUUGUAAUGAAGUAAUAAAUAAAGUUAUACAAAUUACCAAAUGUACAGAGAAAAAAGAUAUAAAACAUACUGAUGUUAAUGUGCAAAGUACUUUAGUUUCUGCACACAAUUCUCCUAUAAUAUCAUUGAAAACUCUUAAACGAUACAGUCAAUCUGUGCCAAAUAAAAAUAUAUCAACUUAUGCGAAAUAUCGUAAAAUAUCGGAAGAAGAUGGGAAUGAACACUCAAUAUGUCAAAGUAGUCAUACUCAUCAAGUGGAAGAUAAAGAUCAAGAUGUUAAAGUUGAAAAAAAUAUGACUCAUCCUAAAAUUGAAACGACAUCCGAUAAUGAAGAUGUACAAAUUGAAGAUGAUAAAAAUUUUAAUCAGUCCAGUAAAAGAGAAGAUAAUAUGCCAAUAUUAGAACCAGAAAUCGCUUUCAGUUUCGAUGGAAGUUCAGAUAGAGAUAGUUCAAGAUCACCGCCUGUUAUAACAAAUCAAGAGAUUGUAACUACUCAAAAUGAAAUACUAAAAUGCUUGCAAGAAGAAGUAUUAGCAUCAAAUGAUAAAAAAGAUGAUAACAAGAAAUAUAUAGCAAAAGAAUAUGAUAUGACUGUAAAUGAUAUUGUUACACAAUUAGCUUAUCAUAAAAAGUCAACAAUAAGGCAUAAAAGAUAUUGUAAUCUAUGUGAAAAAUGGUUUCCAACGACAUCUCGUCAUAGACGACAUUUAGCUGGAUAUCAACAUCGUCACAUAGAAUUGACACAGCGAAGAGCGAUUCAUGCACUUUUUAUUCUUUUUACUGGCAAACCUUGUUCAAAACUGUUGCGAGCUACUAGUAUGCGAGAUGAUUGUUCUAUAGGCGAAUUAACACCUUUACAAAUUGCUGUUCAGGAUUUAGCUAAAUACUUGGAUGGUACAGAAACGAAUCUAUUAAUACCAAAUAAUGUCGAGAAAUAACCAAAAGUAGUUUUUGAAUUAUGUAACAUGUCAAAAGAGAUGGGCAAAAAUUUCAUAUUUCAAUUAAUCAUUAGAUGACAGUCCACAUGUUUUUGACCACAUCAGUAUAAUGGAGUUGAUUGGAAUUAGCUGAAUCAGCUAAUAUUUGUUACUUCGUUGACCGUAUGUUACCUGAAACAGUUACUUUAUGUAGUAAUUAACUAUUUAACCAAAGACUUUAUUAGACUAAUAGUGUAACUAAAAAAACUACUAUUAUAUAAAGGUUUGAGACUUUGCACCAAAAUACCGCAAUGCUGUAUGCUAGUGCAUAAAACUGUUGUUUGAACUUCACAAACAGCUCUAAAUAAAAUGGCUGUUGUUUAUUCUUUAAAUGAUAAGAAGUCAUCACAUAAUUUUUACACGUAUGUAAUGCUGUUUAUAGAAGAGUGUGUUCACAAAGGCAUGAUUUUAAAAAAUAGACUUUCGAGCCAACAAUAUUGCAAUUUUUGAAGGCUAUUAUGUGGCUAUUAGUUUAUAUACACAUGGUUAUGAAUGAUUUAAUCUAUAUAUGUGUCUGUGUAUAUAUAUACAAGCACACACACACACAUAUAUAAACGAAUGUUUAUUUAUAUAUAAAGAAAAUAUAUCUACAUAUAGAUACAUAUAUGUAUACAUGUGUAACUUACGAAUUACAUGCAUACUUAUAUUUAUUGUUCCAGUUUUAAAAAUAUGUACACAUGUACAC